UUGUCAUAUGACUAUCGAGGUCCAUACAACUUUGGACAAUCCGGAUAUAGCAGAGAAAAUCGAUGAGUUGGACAUGCGACUCAAUACUUGACGUGCACUUUAUGACAUGUCAAAGAUCCUGAUAAAAACUAGGUAAGAACGAACCUCUCUGAUGCGCACUGGUGAAAGUGAAUGUUACAGAUGGGGAUUAAAAUGACAGCACUAGCUAAUGGACUAAAGGAGCCUAACGUUACUCCGUAUGUGUAAUGUAAUGGAACUGAGAGUCAUGAUCCGGGGCUAGUAGGCUACAGCACCUGUCAGCAUGUUGUUGUUAUUCUCUACAGAUAGAAUGACCAUGACAUUGUCAACAGCACUCAUUCUUCUCGCUUUGUUCAUUGGAGUAGCAACACUAUCCAGAGGCAGUGAUGAGUGUGUGGCCCGUAACUUUGGCCAUGGCUCGGUGGUGUGUGAGUGUAACUCCACCCGCUGUGACAGCAUUGGGUCGGACACACUACCUCCACUGGGUCAGUUCCUGUCCUUCACCAGCAGUAAGGCCGGCAGCAGGCUGCAGAGAGGACAGGGACAGGUACAGAAGAACAGCACUGGAGCAGUUCUCAGGCUGACUGUGGUUCCCUACCAGAAGUACCAGAGGAUUAGAGGGUUUGGAGGAGCCAUGACAGACUCAGCUGCCAUCAACAUCCUGUCUCUCUCCCCAGGAACACAGGACCAGCUACUACGACAGUACUUCUCUGCUCAGGGUGAGAGGUCAGGGUUAGGGGGUAUUGGGUACAGGGUGGUGCGGGUGCCCAUGGCCAGCUGUGACUUCUCAACCCGUCUGUACACCUACGCCGACUCACCUGGAGACUACAACCUGGACAACUUUACCUUAGCACCAGAGGACACUAACAUGAAGAUCCCCCUGCUGCAGCGAGCCCAGACCCUGUCGCCCCGCCCACUGUCUCUGCUGGCCAGUGCCUGGAGCGCCCCCGCAUGGUUGAAGACCAACGGUGCUCUUACUGGCAAGGGCUCUCUGAAGGGCCAGCCUGGGGGCAAGGAGCACAAGACCUGGGCUAAAUACUAUGUCAGGUUCCUGGAGGAGUAUGCCAAAUACAACCUGUCGUUCUGGGCCAUGACCACAGGCAACGAACCCUCUGCUGGACGGAUGAUCAACUACAGUUUCCAGGCUCUGGGCUUCACAGCAGAGGAGCAGAGGGAUUGGGUGGGCCUGGACCUUGGCCCCGCCCUGCACACGUCCACACACCCCCACACACACCUCCUCAUCCUGGACGACAACAGACUGCUACUGCCACACUGGGCUAAAGUGGUCCUCAGUGAUGUGCGUGCUGGCAGGUAUAUCCAUGGUGUUGGAGUCCACUGGUACCUGGACACCCUGGUGCCUGCAGAGCUCUCCCUGGGCACUACCCACCACCUGUACCCAGAGUACUACCUGUUUGGCACGGAGGCCUGCGCUGGCUGGAGCCCCACAGACAGAGGGGUCCGGCUGGGCAGCUGGGAGAGGGCUGAGCAGUACGCACACAGCAUCAUACAGGACCUGAACCACUAUGUGGUGGGCUGGACAGACUGGAACCUGGCUCUGGACCAAGGAGGAGGGCCCAACUGGGUGAAGAACUUUGUGGACAGCCCCAUUAUCGUGGACCACAGCCGAGACAUCUUCUACAAACAGCCCACCUUCUAUAGCAUGGCCCACUUCAGUAAGUUCCUGUGGGAGGGGUCUCAGAGAGUGGGCGUGUCCUUCAGUCAGGAAACAAAACUGGAAAGCUCCGUCUUCAUCAGGCCAGAUGGAUCAGUGGUGCUUACCAUGCUCAACAGGUCGUCGUCAGAGGUCCAGUUUGAGGUGUGGGAUCCUGCAGUGGGUUUCAUCUCCUCCAGUGCUCCGGCCCACUCCCUGCUCACAGUUGCUUGGAACACACGCUGAUCACACUUGCUUGGAACACACAUAUACAGACAAACACACACUCUGACCACACUGGAAUGGAACACACACUGAUCACACACCAUUACUGCCAGGUCCAAAGCAUUGUCAAAGUCGGCAUUACCCCUGUGCUGCACUUGCUAGUUCCAAAAUGGCCAACGAUCAAGCAUUAUCAGUCUUGUUUCUCAUCUGUCUGCAACAUUAUCCCUCACUACCUAUCACCUACAUUAUCCCUCACUACCCAUCACCUACCAGGUCUGCUACAUUUCCAACACUACACACUCGACUCCCACCACCAUCCAAAGCCCUAUGUGCUGCCUCCUCAUACUGUUCCUGACUGUAUACAGCAUAUCUAAUAGAGAACCCUGCAGCAUUGUGCUCUCUGUCAUUUCUUUGAUCAGAGCUUAAAAUGUGUGUGUGGUUUAGCCAAUACAGCCAAAUAUGUUGUGUUCCUAUUAUGCCGUGACUAUCUGCACUGAUCUUUAUCACUCUGGGAAAAGCUCUCAAAUGAUGUGUGAAUAUAGCAUGUGAUCAAACCAGGGCCAGGUGCACCGCUAUGAUCAGACACCGCUGCUGCUUGAGAAGGUCUGACCAUUACACCUCUCUGCUAACAACUGUUUCUAAACUAAAAUCGGGUUAAUAGCGGUGUUAACAUUAUCGCGUUAACACGGUUUAUAAAGAGAUAAUGAUGUAAAGUAAUAAUGUACAGAAUGUAUUAAUGCAGUUUAAACUAUUUGCCUUUUAAUUUUGAAUAAAUGAUUUGGUUCUGA